UCUCAUCGCAAACAAUCACUUUUCUUAUUCUCUCUUCAAAACACUCAAAUCCUUUCGAAGAAUUUCCAUGGCUCCCAAGGCAGAGAAAAGGCCCGCCGAGAAGAAGCCCGCCUCCGAGAAGCCGACGGAGGAGAAGAAGACCAGCGUCGCCGAGAAAGCUCCGGCGGAGAAGAAGCCAAAGGCCGGGAAGAAGCUCCCCAAGGAAGGAGGCGCCGCUGCCGGCGACAAGAAGAAGAAGCGGGUGAAGAAGAGCACCGAGACCUACAAGAUCUACAUCUUCAAGGUCCUCAAGCAGGUCCACCCCGACAUCGGAAUCUCCAGCAAGGCGAUGGGGAUUAUGAACAGCUUCAUCAACGACAUCUUUGAGAAACUGGCGCAAGAGUCCUCCAGGCUCGCCCGUUACAACAAGAAGCCCACAAUCACCUCCCGCGAGAUCCAGACCGCCGUCCGCCUUGUCCUCCCCGGCGAAUUAGCGAAACAUGCCGUGUCUGAAGGCACAAAGGCCGUGACUAAGUUUACUAGCUCCUGAAUUGAUUUAAUCCUUAAUUUCAAAUCUAGGUUAUGUUGUGUUUUGGGAAAAUUAAUGGAAUUGCGGAAUAGGUAUUUUGUGUAAUUAAAUUGGUCUGUUCUAAAUCAAUGAAAGUUGUUUUUCUUAU